AUGGACGCCGACGCCGGCCGCCGAUUCCUCGUCACGAUCUCUCCAUCCGCGGCAGCCGAUGGCGAAGGGAUCGGGGACGAAUUGACCGAGGACGACGUCCUCUGGACCGACGAUUUCAACGUAGCUGUCCCCGCCAAACAGGCACCCAAGCGCAAGGGCGGCGGCGGCCACAGGCGCUGCGUGUCCUUCCAGCAAGGCAACUCGGGGAUUCUGGCGGCACUGCCGGAGAUCAAUUACCAGUCCGUGCUCCACCGCAAGCCGACCUCAUUGCCGUCGCCAGUGAAGGCGAUCCCGGCGUGGGUGCCGAGGCCGGAGCGAGAGAACGCGACGCAAUCGGCUCCCGCGCGGAAAUUCCAGCAAUCGGCUCCGAUGAAGGUGCCGAUGUUGUCGAUCGCCAUGGCUAAACAGAGGAAUAGCAGGUUCAAGGAAGAGUACGAGGAAGGGCUGACUGGUGGAGAUGAAGAGAUGAUGCUGCCGCCGCACGAGAUCGUGGCCAGGGGAUGGAUGCAGUCGUCCUCUUCGAUGUUGGAAGGAGUUGGGCGAACUCUCAAGGGGAGGGAUCUCAGACAGGUUAGGAACGCCGUGUUUCGCCAAACUGGGUUUCUCGACUAA